CUACGCUCCGCGGCCGCCGACGCCAUCGGUCGACGUCUGUAAUGGCCAUGUCGACACUAUCCUCGCGGAACCCAUCUCGCAGCUUCAGAGACUCGUCGUACUCGCCCUCCCGGAAGCGACUCUUCCGACCCUCGCAGCUUGAGCGUCGUCGGAGCGCAAGCCCCUCCCGCUCCCGCUCCCCAAACGCUACGGACCCGCCAAGGAGGCGACGGCAAAGGACGAGGAGCCGGCGCCGGGACCACCGAGACACGUCGUUCCAGACACUCGAUAUUGAUUCACGAAUUCAACUCGAGGUUGUAAUUGGUCCUCAGAGAAGGCAUGAGAAGGACAAGUGACAUAGACCUAUGAGAUACCAGACACGGCGACACGGCAGAGGUCCAUCUCUUCCUCUCUUCUUUCCGUUUCCCGCCCUUCCCAAUCUUCAUACCCGCGGGCGUGGAGGAGUUACGUGAUGA